CUUCUAUCUCUCUCUCACUUGUUCCUUUUUUCAGUCACAAGAAUUUUGUUCAGAGGAUAACUUAUCAGAGCAGCUAUGCAGGCCAUAAAGUGUGUUGUGGUCGGUGACGGAGCUGUAGGAAAAACAUGUCUGCUGAUCAGUUAUACGACCAAUGCCUUCCCUGGAGAAUACAUCCCAACAGUGUUCGAUAACUACUCAGCGAAUGUGAUGGUGGACAGUAAACCAGUGAAUCUGGGAUUAUGGGAUACAGCAGGACAAGAGGACUAUGACCGUCUGAGGCCUCUUUCCUACCCACAGACAGAUGUUUUCCUUAUUUGCUUUUCUUUGGUGAGCCCAGCUUCUUACGAAAAUGUCCGAGCCAAGUGGUUCCCAGAAGUGAGACACCAUUGCCCCAGCACCCCAAUAAUUCUUGUUGGUACCAAGCUGGAUCUGCGCGAUGACAAGGAAACUAUUGAGAAGCUUAAAGAAAAGAAGUUGGCACCAAUUUCUUAUCCACAGGGAUUAGCUUUAGCCAAGGAGAUUGAGUCCGUGAAGUAUUUAGAGUGCUCAGCUCUGACACAGCGCGGUCUAAAGACGGUGUUUGAUGAGGCUAUUAGAGCUGUGUUAUGUCCGCCACCAUCCCGACCCAAGAAGCACCCAUGUGUCUUGCUAUAAAGGGUUUCAGGUGAAGAUUCUCCAGCUUGUUCCAAAAGACAAUUGCUUAGCCCUUUAUGUCCAAAACUCCCCUACCACCCAAGUCUCCGCAAAUCACUCAUGUAACUAGCUGCUCUAGAACACAUUGUUCAAUACUAUCCAUUGCUUUUCUUCCCGCAGUUGUGCUUAAAUAUCCUUUUUCAUCUUGUAAUCCUGUAAUACUGUUCAGACUAUAAAUAAAUAUUUUGUCUUACUGUG